ACAGAUUCUAGUUACCCCAGCCAAAUAUCUCCAAGCAUUGGCACAAUUGACCUCUACAUUUGAAUCCUUUCUCGAUCUAUCUCUCUCUCUCUCUCUCUCGCAUUAAACUGGGCCACUGCUAACUCAAGGGAUGACUAUCACCUAUACAGCCAGAGUCGCUAAUGUCCGCUUUUGCAGUUUUUCCAAACUGCUGGUUCUAUGGAAAGGGAGCAUCUACAAGCUCCUCUACAAGGAAUUCCUCGUCUUCUCCUUCAUGUACGCAGUCCUCAGUGUUGCUUACAGGUUUGUGCUCAUGGAAGAGCAGAAGAGAUACUUUGAGAAACUGGCCCUGUAUUGCAACCACUAUGCUAACCUGAUCCCCAUGGCUUUUGUGCUUGGGUUUUAUGUCACCCUCGUCGUGAACCGUUGGUGGAGCCAAUACACGAGCAUCCCACUCCCUGACCGGCUCAUGUGUGUCAUCUCUGGCAACGUUCACGGUACAGAUGAACGGGGGCGCAUGCUUCGGCGCACGAUGAUGAGAUACGCCAGCCUCUCCGCCCUCCUUAUCCUCCGCUCGGUCAGUACAGCGGUCAUCAAACGUUUCCCAACAAUGGAUCAUGUGGUGGAGGCAGGGUUUAUGACCAGAGAUGAACGAAAGAAAUAUGAAAGUCUUCACUCUCCCUAUAAUAAGUACUGGAUUCCAUGUGUAUGGUUCACAAACCUGGCUGCAAAUGGUCGGAAAGAAGGACGAAUAAGGGAUGACAAUGCACUCAAGCUGUUAAUGGAGGAACUGAAUACUUUCAGAGCCAAGUGCAGUCUUCUCUUUCACUAUGACUGGAUCAGUAUCCCACUGGUGUACACACAGGUCGUCACCAUUGCAGUGUACAGUUUCUUUAUGACCUGCCUGAUUGGACGACAGUUUCUUGACCCUGCCCAAGGCUACGCAGGGCAUGACAUUGACCUGUAUGUCCCUGUGUUCACCCUACUGCAGUUCUUCUUCUACGCUGGCUGGCUGAAGGUAGCAGAACAACUAAUAAACCCCUUUGGAGAAGAUGAUGAUGAUUUUGAAACAAAUCGUUUGAUCGAUCGAAACUUUCAGGUGUCAAUGAUGGCGGUCGAUGACAUGUAUCAGGAUUUGCCCCUCAUGGAAAAGGAUCGAUACUGGAAUGAGUCCAACCCUCGUCCCCCAUACACUGCUGCCACUGUGUUUGUGCUGCAGAAACCAUCCUUCCAGGGCUCCACAUUCGACAUGACGAUUUCGAAAGACGACAUGCACUUUCAGCCGAUGGAAGAGAUCGAGGAGAACAUGGAACAGGGCAAUCGGCACCAUGUGCCGCUGUUCAGCCGCCUCCUGCCCACCGGCCCGUCGCCAGCGAGUUUCCGCAGCAACAUUGCCCGCACCGCCCGACCUUUCCACCUGCUGAAGCGCAGGAACAGCGUGUCCUCCGACGCCUCCAUGUACAGCUGCCUGUGCCAGGACACCCAGUCCACCGUCUGCUCCUGCGGCACCUACACCGACCACAAGCCCCUGACCAAGAUCCACUUCCUCUCGGAGGACGCCCAGCCGGACGGGAGGGGGAGCGAGGCCGGAGAGAGCGGCCUCAACCUGGGCGGCGAGGAGAAGGCGGGGACGCCGUCGGCGGGGUCCGCGCCGGCCCUCCAAGCUUUCGGCCGGGACGGGCCGCCGGACACCCCCAGCCGGGCCGGCGGCAGUGCCGCCGCCGCCUGGGAAGCGGACGGGCCCAGCUCGCCCGCCGCCGGGGAGGGCGCUCCGCGUCCGAUACUGCCGUGCGACCCGCACGUCGGCGGUCACCAAGAGCGCGGCUGCGGAGGCCAGUCCCCCCCCGGUCGCGGCCGCCCGGCGGGGGAGACGACCCCGCCGGUCGCUUUCUCGGCCAGGCGCCCCGGCUCGCCCCUCCUCCUCCUCCUCCCCCCCACCCCCACCCCCUCCUACCCCUACCCCGGGCUCCCGGCGGACGCCGGCUUCGUGGAGACCUGCCCUCGCCCAGGGGCGCACGGCCACCCUCUGCGGCUGCCCCUCGCCCCGGCCCAGCUGGUGGUGGCGGCGGCGGCGGCGGCCGCCAAGCGCCCCCUGUGCGGAUCGGCGGGGGGGUCCGAGGACGGGAGCUCCCCCUUGCACAGCCCGGAGCCGCUGCGUGUCAACGGCAGGGAGCCCCCCCAUUCAAACCCCCCCACUCCCGGCUGCCAAGGAGAAAGGAGCGAGCAAGGUUUGGACUGA